AAUCACUUGACGGGACCAGACGAUCGAAAUAAUAGAACGACGACCUCGAGGCGAGAGAUACACGGCCUACCCCAAGUCAGAUAUCAAAGGGGAGAUAUAUAUAUAUGUAUGGGGGAGAAUUUUCUAUCGGAACGAGGCGACUUUCGAAGCCGGGCAUUCAUAGUCCCUGUCCUCCCGUUCGCGCAUAUUAUUGCCGCCGGUGACACGUGUUUACAAGCUGUGAAUAUAUGUAGCCGGGCAAAACGACGAUGUAACAUAUGUGUACAGGACUACAGGUUAGGGCAGUGCCUGAACGAUGCUUACAUCACCCAGACACCAGCAGCCACUAAAUCAGAUUCGCACGAGAAAUUAAUGCUGACACAAAGAAAAGGACUUGUCGCAGUUAAGUUGACAUAUUGACUGAGAAGGACCGUCAGUAGGCGUCCUAGAUCGUCAGAUACUUGACGACUAAGGCGAGUGUAGCCAGAAUUCAAAAUGUCUGCGCAGAAAGAAAGCAUACGCACUCUCCAGUCGGGGGAGAGAGAAAACUCGACAGCUUCAUCCGCAAAGCUCUCUAGUAGCGGCAAACGGCGGAUGAAGAAAGAUUUGGAACGCAUGGCGCAUGCGCGAGAGGAAGAGCAGCUCCUCAAAAGGGAGAUAAGAAUGAAGGAGGUCAGUGAAGCGCUGGCGGCGCUGCAUGAACGGAAGCGACAAGAGGGCGUGACGCUCACACCGGAUGUGAAGGCCAGCAGAGAGGUCAUUCGGACCAUCAUGAGAGACGAAGAGAGGCUGGCCUUGAGCAAGGAGCAGGAGGCGCUGCAACAGGAAACAGAUAAAAUCCGGAUGGAAGUCGACCGGAAGUACGGCUUGGCCCGCCACAAAAAAUACCCAGAUCUUCUGACCCUGACAGAGAGGUUUUAUCACGACGAUAUUCCGGAAGACGACGGCAUUCCGGAGGAGGUUCGAAGGGAGUUGACUAGAGAGGAGAUCAAAGAUCUGAAAAUGGUGUUUGACAUGUUUGAUGUCAGAAGCAGAGGUUACAUCACAGCUAGCGAUGUGAAGCGAGCGGCCUCCAUGCUCGGAUUCAAGGCCAAGAAGAAGGUCUUCAAAGAGAUGAUAGGAGAAGUUUCAGAUGACAAGAAGAUGAAGGUGACGUUUGUCAACUUCCUGCAGCUUGUUGUCAAGGGACAAGGUCCUGGGCCUGAUCCAUUCGAAGAAAUUGUUCAGUGUUUCCGAAUGCUGGACACUGAUCAGAAAGGUUACAUCACUGCUGACGAUAUCCGGGUGGCCGCCGAGGCCCAGAAGAUCCCGCUGUCCAAUCGCGCCAUCCGCGAGAUGAUCGAGGAGGCUGACGUCACCGGCGACCGCACAGUGACGCAAGACGAGUUCCUGCAUAUCAUGCUGCAGUGCACCUUGUUCAGGACAGUCCUGUAACCAUGGUAGCACCUGUCAACUGCUACUAACGGCAACCGUGGAAGUACGCCAUAUGAAUGCAAGAUCGGGACAUCAUUCCUUGAUGUCUACAGCUCCGUGUAAGCUAGAGUCGAGAUAAGACUUAGUGGAGUCGAUGGUAGGAACGGAAACACGCGCGAAAGACCGUGCAUGUCCUGACAAGAGACACGGGAUCUGAAGGCUACGAAGGUAGAGGUACACACAUGCACCCGACGAAAAGAAACAAUAGGACUGCCUCCUGGAUUACCGAGAUAGACAACAGUUUUCCAUGCUGCAGGAGGUGUUGCCUGCACCACAAGAACACGGUGUGAUACAGAAAGAAAACAACAACAUGCUUGCUUCUGCUGAAUGGAAUAGUCGAUACUGGUAUGUGUAAUAUGUGCGCGGGCGCGCGCGCGUGUGUGUGUUUGAUGCAUAUAACAAUCCGUUGAAAAGAGAAAUUGAGAAAUUGAGAGCUUUAAGACUAUUGUAGUUCAAUAAAAGAAUGUCAACGUACAAUAAUUGAAAGUUAUAUGGCAAAACAACAGCAACAACAACAACAACAAACAAAAACAAAAAGACAGAUGAAAUGUAGAAAAAGUAGUAAUUAUUUCCACAUAAUUAGAGGAUGUUUGUGUACUUGGAGUGAUUAUAUUUCCAUAUAAUUACAGGAUGUUUGUGUACUCUGGAUGAUUAUAUUUCCAUGUAAUUACAGGAUGUUUGUGUACAUAUUGUGUGCUUAUAUUUCCACAUAAUUACGGGAUUUGUGUGUACGUUUUGUGACAAAACUAGAAAGUGCAAAUUCAAAUGCAAGAGGUUUCAAUUAUAAAGUAAAGCAAUUCUUUAUUCUAAAAUUUCGCUUAAACACAAAAAUCACACACAGAAGAAUAUGGGUGGACUGGUGACAACUUUAUUUCGUCCGCGACAAAUGCUCACAACUCGCAAUGCACCAUGGGAGCGACCCCUGACUGCUGCCAUCACUGACAUACAAAGACCUUAUCAUGAUUGUAAUGUAUGUGUAUCAUCAUCAUUUAUGUAACUCAGUUGCUGGUCAGACUAAUUACUUACUUCACUCGGUCCGUUCACUUGAAAACUCGCGGUCUUUUUUUCCAGUCCAAUAUUUUAAAGCCAAAUUAACUACAGCAAUCACUUCAGAGCAGUUAAGUCACGUUGAAGUAUAUUUACCAUAAUUUAUAUCACUAGCAGAAGCGACAUUUAUUAUUUACAUAAUACAUCACACGUCAACAAAUAAAUAAGUUCUUUUACUGCGAAAACAAAUGUAAGAAAUGUCCACAAGAUCUGCCUCAGGGCGCCGUGCAAGAAAACAUGAAUAGUAAGGGAUGGAUGGAUGUAUAUUUAUAGUAACAACAGCCUUAUAACAAAUGGAGCAGAUGUGAACAUCACAGUGCUAGACAUAUCACAUGUCUGUUCUUCAUUUUCUGAUGGUGGGAACAGACUGACCAUUUACAGGAAUCAGAAAACAUGAACCAGCUAUAUUGAAAACACAACCAUUAUUGACCACUAGCAUGAAGAAUCACCCAGUAAGCUGACAGCAGUCGCUACCAACAAGAAUAUAGUUACACGUUCAAUUAGGUACAUGGAUGAACAAUAAGCAGCUGAACAUAAUGUGACCUGGACUUACAUGCCACUGGCAUGAGAUCAGAAAAUGAAGGAGGGGGAGGAGAGUGAGUGUGUGCAUUGUGUGCAUGUGUAUAUGUGUGCGUGUUGAUGUAUCCAUGUGCAUGUGUGCAUGCAUGUGUGUGUGUGGUUGACAAAAAAUUCAUUGCUUGUGUGUGUCAGAUGGGUACUUUUGCCAUCACAUAAUGAAAGAUAUAUUAGGAUAUAUCAGCCAGGUCUAUCACACACACACAUACUAUAUAUAUAAUGUUCUUUCUAUCCACAAAGACAUGGUUUUAAAACAGACUCUUUAUAGAAAUUAUUUUCCUGUUAAACAGUUCAUGAGAUCAAAAACAAAAAUCAGUCACCAACAACUAAAAGUCACCAGAUCGUUACCAACCUCAUUAUUGUCACCUCUCUUCCCUGUCGGUCGAGAUAAUCAAGACCUUGAUACAUUUAUUAACAGUUAUAACAAGGCAGCUAACUUUGCGCAUGGUUUUUCAGUAAUCAAUAAAAUUUUUAUAUUUUUUUAUUAUUGUGCUUCAAAUUUAUUCAAAUUCCCAAAGAAACUGUUUAUUUAGAGGAUAUAAACAAGGAUACCACUGAAGCAUGCUCUUACAAAAUAAUCAUUUUUUUGAUACUUGUUUUUGGAUUUUGGGGAGAUAGGUAGAAAUAACAACUAGUAGACAUGAGUCUAUAUGUAGUAUUGUCAAACACAACAUCUCCAAUGCUUAUUGCUUGUAUCACAUAACUGACAUUUCCUAGAUAUCUUUGAAAUAACUACCAUAUAUAGACGCAUAUCACGCGACUAAAGCAAUACAGAGUACUUGUUACAGCAUGAAGCAGGGUAGAUCAGAUACUUUAAAUAACUCGGACUAGAUGCACAUUUCUUUCAGCACUGCACACUACAUACCACUUAUAGACAAUUUCUGAGAAAGAGGAGAUAAAGCGAAGUCACAUAGUUCUUUUAAAGGAAUCACAGUGUUCUUUUACAGGAGUAAUGAAUUUAAAAUGUGAGAAACAAAAGGUUGUCGCUGUGCAAUAGGUGGGAGGGUUCAGCAGCAGACAACUCCUGCAGCUUGUAGCUUGGGUGACAAAUUGGAGUAGUGUCCCUUGCAUGGUCGUGAGUGACGUGGUGCAGCAGCACCCAGCGGGACGCAGCCUGUUUGACGACGAUGUUGCAGCUGCAGUAGCAGUUAACAUCUAAUACAAAAGAAAGAGGCUUCUAGAACCAAGACGGUUCUUGUGAUGUUCUGCCUUUGUCAUCUUCCACCCAAAGACGUAGACUUGUAAUCAUCUUCUAGUCAGUCGAAGGAAACUCACUUGUGUGAUGGUCAUGCACGCCCCCAGCAUCGCCAAACCCCCGAAAAAAGUUUGUCAGUUAUCUGAUAAUAGUUUUAGAAACUUUGAGCAGAUAUAUUUUGUUAAAAAUAUAGAGAAAUUGGCCGAGCAACAACCUGUUCACGAAUAAAAGAUUUGCAAAUGCAAUGGACGCCUGAAGGACAACAGGAGUUGUAAAGAAGAUGAUGUAUUAAUUCAUCAAGCUGAAUACAGCCUGUCAUUAUUAUCUUAAGAAAUGUCAGGACAGGGACAAACAUAACUGUAAAUAACAUAAAUAUACAUAUUACUCAAAUAUGUAUAAUUCUUAAACCGCUGUAAACAGGUGGUGGCGAUCUGCCAGGUAACAGUUAUUUACAGCAUAUUACAGUAACGUAUUAAGAAAUAUGAUAACAUUAAAUAAUGAUAAGAAUACUUAUUAAUUAUAACUAUUACAAUCACUACAUACUUGCAUCAAUAUUACAUUUCUCUCGAGAAAGUCUCUAGCUUUGGAUGCUGGCAAAUGUGGUAGCCAUCAGUAUGAACGUACAAUGUAAGGGAGCAAAAAAAAAA